AGUUUUUUACAAUAUUUUGGAAUUAUUGGAAUGAAAAAAGUGAAAAGUGGUGCCACUAAAAGAAGAGAAAAAGCUGCAGCCAUGGAGAAAAUCAUGAAAUACCCCAAGCUAACACAUUUUUUAAAUCCAGCAGUUCCGGCUAGCAGUGUUUUGAUAUCAACAAAUAAUUUUGAUUGUAAUUAUUUGGGUACUAGACUAGAGUCAGAUGGGUUAAUCUAUGACUCAAAUGCAAAGUCAAAUGUAAGUCAUGGUUUAAUCUGUGAAUCAAAUGCCACAACAAAUCCACUAAUAUUUCUCAGUGAUGAUCCUUCUGAUUGGCCUGAUAAUGUUUCUGACGCUCAGAAGUGUGAUGUUGUUAAACGAGGUUUAAAAAAGAUUGAAAUCGACUUUCCAAAAAAUUCAGAAAGAAGACGAUUUUCCAUGAGUUAUUAUAACCGCAAAAUGAAAAAUGGAGAAAUCUUUGAAAGAUCAUGGCUUAUAUAUUCUUUAAAUAGUGAUAAAGUGUUUUGUUUCUGUUGCAAACUUUUUGGGAUAACUUCUUCACCAUUUCGAAAAGGAAUAAACACGUGGGAAGGCUUAUCAAAAAAACUUAAAGAACACGAAACAUGCAGUGCACAUUUAAAAUGCUUUGAACAUUGGAUGGCAUUACGAAAAGGCAUAGCAAAUCAAGCUACCAUAGACGAGCAACAACAAAAGUUGCUUCAUAAAGAGCGGGUAUUUUGGAGAUCUGUGUUGGAAAGGAUACUGGACAUUACGUUAUUUCUUUCAGCAAGAAAUCUUGCAUUCCGUGGUUCAGACACGGCAAUUGGUUCAAAGAGCAAUGGAAAUUUUCUUGGGGUGUUUGAAUUACCGGCUAAGUACGAUGCCGUCCUCAAGGAGCUUCUGUUAAGAAUUCAGGACAAAAAAACAAACGCUCACUAUUUGAGCAAUGACACACAGAACGAGUUGAUUAGAUGUUUAGCGCAGGAGAUUGAAUCAGAAAACCUUUCUAUGGUAAAAAAAGCAAAAUACUAUUCGGUUAUUUUAGAUUGCACGCCAGACGUUUCGCACAAAGAACAAAUGAGCAUAAUUUUAAGAUCAGUGACAUGUACUUCUAGAGUAGGUAUUAACAUUUCCGAAAAUUUCUUUGGAUAUCUCACAGUAAAUGAUACCACUGGAAAUGGGCUUUUGGAUGCCUUUUUAAAUUAG